CGACAGGAUUCAAGAUCAGGAGAAGUAAUAGAGAAGUAAUUGAAGAUGGGGCUGGAGAUUGUCGAGGAGGAGGUGAAUGCAGCAUUGCCGCUGCCACUGAUGUCAUUGAACCAUGUUUCAUUUGUCUGCAGGUCUGUUAGCCGGUCGGUGAAGUUCUAUGAGGAGGUCUUGGGGUUUGUUAGUGUUAAGCGACCCUCUUCCUUCAACUUCCAUGGUGCUUGGUUGUUUAAUUAUGGAGUUGGCAUCCAUUUACUGCAAUGCAACUCUCUGGAUGAUGUUCCCAAGAAGAAGGGUGUUAUAAACCCCAAAGACAACCACAUCUCCUUUCAAUGCUCAGAUAUUAAUCUUCUGAAGCGGAAACUAGAAGAGAUGGGCAUCGAGUAUGUGACCGCAGUGGUUGAGGACAGUGGCAUUCAGGUUGAUCAGCUCUUCUUCCAUGACCCAGAUGGUUAUAUGGUGGAGAUAUGCAACUGUGAGAACCUCCCUGUGCUUCCACUCUCUUCAUUCCCACUUAAGUUCCCAUACCCAAAGGAUCCUAUCCUAUCUUCUCUCUAUGGUGGCACGGGACUUCCCAAAUUCCAGUGCAGGCCUUGUGGAGCAGAAGCAGAGUGUGUGAUCAUGGAAAACUUGGUCACUGAUAUGAUGGACAUUUCCUUCUAGCACUUAGUUGAGAGAAUGCAGAAGAGAUUGUGGAUUCAAUUGUGUACAGGGUGUCCGGCAGAAUCAAGUUUGUGUCUCAAAGAUGUCUUACUGGUUGGUGGUUGAAUUGUAAGCCUUCCUUUUAAACUUAUUUUGAGUACUAAGAAGUCACCAAUAAAGAAUCAUAUAGAAGGUGAAAAGAGAGUGAAACAUAAGAUUGGGUCACUAGUAAUGGGUGGAACAAUCCCUUUGUUAUAGUUUAUGCAAUAAAUUUGAGUUGUCUCUCUUCUAUUUUCUUCUGUUUACUGGUCUUAUGUAUUGCUUCAGUAGUCAAAAGUUUAUUGUUUCAGUGGUGAUUGCUUUUCUAAUGAAGUUUCAUCCUUCUGGAUUUAUCAAA